GAGCCCAGUCACAUUCCUUUCAUGUUCAAUACUGAGCAGCAACAAGCAAUUGCAACAAUGUGAAUUUCAACUUAGGAUAUUCGAACAUCUUUGACGAGGAUAGGCAAAAAUUACAGAAGGGAGAUUGGGUUGGAACGAUCCGUAUGGAAUUGUCAACGUAUGGAAUUGAGAGGGGUUGUUGUUAUUGCAGCAUGAGUUCAACUGGUGGCAGGUCCUGCUAGACCUGAACAGACCGUGAGUGUGUUGGUGGAGGCUCAUCAGUCUCCAGUAUGGAGUGUUUGGUAUGAGCCGUGGCCGGUCUGUUAGUCCUUGGGCCGGUCCAGUGGUGAGGUGUCCCUGUCCCUUGGCGGGAUGCUGAGGGCAGGUGGUCCCCACCAGUAUGACUCCCCUGGACCUGUGGCUGUCCCGCUCCAUCCCCAUGUGCCUGCUCCUCCAGAGCCUGGUCCUCAUGGCCCUGUGCUUCCCCUCCGCCUCCAUGUGUCCCAAGGGCUGCGUCUGCCAGCGGGCCCGACCCGACCCGGGCCUCCACCUCGGCCCGGGGCCCCUGGGGCUCUUCCUUGGCCUCAAUGUCACCUGUACCGGGUCCCGGCUCAAAGAGAUCCCCCCGGACCUGCCUCCAGACACCGCCGUGCUCCGCCUCGACCACAACCAGAUCAUGGCCGUUCCCGACCAUGCCUUCCGGGGCCUGAGGCUGCUGCGGGAGCUCAACCUGUCCCACAACGCUGUGGAGACGCUGGAGGAGGGUGCCUUCAGUGGCGUGGAGGCCACACUGCAGGUCCUCGACCUCUCACACAACCGCAUCACUAGCGUGCACAAGGAUGCAUUCGCCCGGCUCAAAGCGCGGGUCCUGGUGGAUGACAACCCCUGGCACUGUGACUGCACCCUGCAGCAGGCACUGGGCGGCAUGGCCCACAACCACGAGGCGGCUGCACGCGUCCUCUGCCGGAGCUCCGAGCUCCAGGAGCAGGAGGGACGCCAUUUCCUGGCGGUGGACACAGACCUGUGUAACCUGGCCAAGAGGACCACGGACUACGCAAUGCUGGUGACGAUGUUCGGCUGGUUCGCCAUGGUCAUCUCCUACGUGGUGUAUUACGUACGGCAGAACCAGGAGGAUGCCCGGCGACACUUGGAGUACCUUAAGUCGCUGCCCAGCAAGCCUGUGAAGCCCAACGAGGUGGAGGACAUCAGUACUGUGGUGUAGCAGGACAUCAUCACUACUAGACACUAUAGGACAUCAGUACUACAGUGUGACAUCCCUGUAGUGAGAACUGACAUCACUAUAGUGAGAACUGACUGUAUACAAUAUAAUUAGAUUGCCUAAUUAGUUCUAGAAUUAGAAUGACUAAUUGAUUCUAAUUCUAUGCAUGAACAGCAGAAGUUCAGAACUAAACCCGGAGAUAAAGGACCCAUAUUUCAAAAUGGAUGUAACGUCUUCUGUUGUGAAAAUGUUUUUUUUGAUGUACUCAAAAGAAAUCAUGAUAGAUUAAACCUGGAUCCUUGCAUUUGAAGCUUCACACCCAAUAUGUGUUAAUUACAAAAGUAAACACUGAGAAAGCCCAAUUUUUAAAGAGGAGAAAUGCUUAAACGUUAGUGUUUGUCUGUAGACGUCAAUCUAAAGACAAGCAUUUUGGAAUGCACAUGUGCAUAGACAACAGCAGUUAGUUCAGAUCACAUUAACAGAAGGGUAAAGUCUAUGGGGGUACCACAGAUGGCUUCAUUGAGAUCUGUUCUGAGAUUGUUUUGAAAAUCUGAAUCUCAGGUUUACAUUUUGAUAGGUUGAUAAGUAUUUUUUUAGAGCAAAAUCUGGAGAAAUGGUUUUUGGACAACAUUUUUGUAAGGUAAUGAUAACAGCCCUUUGAUCUAGAGGGUGUUCUCUGUGCUUGUGCAUCCAACUGCAUACUUUGUUUAAUUUAAUUUGAAUAAAUAACAGGACCCAAACAUCAAUCAUGAAACUUACCUUUACUUUCCAAAUGUGAAAUAAUUAGAAUCAAUGAUUUGUUAAAAUGAUCAUGACAUCACCAAUGUUGAAAAACGACUGAUGUGCUGUAAAAAUACUAAACAUUUCUUCUUUCAUUUUGUCAAGUCCCUGUACUGUAUGUUCUUGUUGUCUUGAAAUGACAAAGUUGAUUCAUUGCAUCUUAGUAGAUUUGUGAUGGUCAGAUAACGUAGCACAAUGGUUUGGGGUAGAUAUCAAAUCAAAUGACUCCCAAAAAAUUCGGUAGAUUCAAGUGAUUCGUAUGUGUGUCAUGUGAUUUACCAGUACCCUAGUAGUGUCCAAGUGCUCAAGUCCUGAGAACCAACAAGCGUUUUGUGUUACAUGUUAACACAACACAUACACAACAACACCCAAAAACAAUACUGUGCAUUUGGCUUUUCCACAAAACUCAUUUGCUAAGAUUUCUAAUGACUCAGUCUAUGCUUCCUGAAAUAGAAUACAUAUUCAUAUUCAUAGAAAUGUGUUUCACACAUAGAUUCCUUUCUCAGCCAAAGUGGAGAAAUACUCAGUGUCCCAAAUGGGACCCUAUUCCCUACAUAUAGCCCUAUGGGCCCUGGUGGAAAGUAAUGCACUAUGUAGAGAAUAGGGUGCAAUUUGGGACACACCCACAGCGUCACAAACCUGUCGAUGGGAAGACUGUAAUAAUUUCAACACAAACAUCCCCUUUCUGUUCAGCCCCCAUGCUGCGUUCAGAAUGCAGAUAGAUGCAUGCAUCAUUUACCUUGCCUUUAAUAACACUGUGUGUAGAGUUCUAUCCCCAGCAAUGUGAGAAGAGAAAAUUACAGCUGUCAUUCGUUUAAAUGGCUUUCACUUGCAUCACAGUGACAUGGGUUCACUAAAACAUCCCAUAGAGAGAAAGAUGGAGAGAGAGGGGAGGGGAGGGCAGGGCAGGGCAGAGAGGGAUAGAAAGUGAGAGAGAAAGUGAGAGAGAGAAGGAGAGAGGAUAGGUAAGUGGGCGAAGGAGCGAUAUGGGCAGGAGAGUGAGAGAAUGAAAAAAGUAAAAGCUUCUAUCCAUAUUCAAUGUGGUUAAAAAAUGAUGUAUUAUGUACAAGGAAUGUUACACAGUUUAGAUUCCCCCCCAGUGCUGCAAGGUGGCCAGGUCAUUUGGAAGGAUUUGAUGAUAUGAUGAGCACAGGUUGUUACAACAGGUAGUAGUUACAACAGGUAGUAGUUACGAUAGGUAGUAGUAACAACAGGUUGUUACAACAGGUUGUAGUUACAACAGGUUGUUACAACAGGUAGUAGUUACAACAGGUUGUUACAAGAGGUUGUAGUUACAACAGGUUGUCGUUACAACAGGUAGUAGUUACAACAAGUUGUUACAACAGGUAAUAGUUACAACAGGUUCUUACAACAGGUUGUAGUUACAGCAGGUUGUAGUUACAACAGGUUGUUACAACAGGUUGUUACAACAGGUUGUUACAACAGGUAGUAGUAGCAACAGGUAGUAGUUACAACAAGUUGUUACAACAGGUCGUUACAACAGGUAGUAGUAGCAACAGGUAGUAGUUACAACAGGUUGUUACAACAGGUAGUAGUAACAACAGGUAGUAGUUACAACAGGUUGUUACAACAGGUUGUAGUUACAGCAGGUUGUUGCAACAGGUAGUAGUAGCAACAGGUAGUUGUUACAACAGGUAGUAGUAGCAACAGGUAGUAGUUACAACAGGUUGUUACAACAGGUUGUAGUUACAACAGGUUGUAGUUACAGCAGGUUGUAGUUACAACAGGUUGUAGUUACAACAAGUCGUUACAACAGGUAGUAGUUACAACAGGUUGUUACAAUAGGUAGUAUUUACAACAGGUUGUAGUUACAACAGGUAGUAGUUACAACAAGUAGUUAUAACAGGUAAUAGUUACAACAGGUUGUUACAACAGGUACUAGUUACAACAGAUUCUUACAACAGGUUGUAGUUACAGCAGGUUGUAGUUACAACAGAUUGUUACAACAGGUAGUAGUAGCAACAGGUAGUAAUUACAACAAGUUGUUACAACAGGUUGUAGUUACAGCAGGUUGUAGUUACAACAAGUCGUUACAACAGGUAGUAGUAACAACAGGUAGUAGUUACAACAGGUUGUAGUUACAACAGGUUGUUACAACAGGUAGUAGUAGCAACAGGUAGUAGUUACAACAGGUUGUUACAACAGGUCGUUACAACAGGUAGUAGUAGCAACAGGUAGUAGUUACAACAGGUUGUUACAACAGGUAGUAGUAACAACAGGUAGCAGUUACAACAGGUUGUUACAACAGGUAGUUACAACAGGUUGUUACAACAGGUUGUAGUUACAGCAGGUUGUUACAACAGGUAGUAGUAGCAACAGGUAGUAGUUACAACAGGUUGUUACAACAGGUUGUAGUUACAGCAGGUUGUAGUUACAACAGGUUGUAGUUACAACAGGUUGUAGUUACAACAAGUCAUUACAACAGGUAGUAGUUACAACAGGUUGUAGUUACAGCAGGUUGUAGUUACAACAAGUCGUUACAACAGGUAGUAGUUACAACAGGUUGUUACAACAGGUUGUAGUUACAGCAGGUUGUAGUUACAACAGGUUGUUACAACAGGUUGUAGUUACAACAGGUUGUAGUUACAACAGGUUGUAGUUACAACAGGUUGUUACAACAGGUAGUAGUAACAACAGGUAGUAGUUACAACAGGUUGUUACAACAGGUAGUAGUAGCAACAGGUAGUAGUUACAACAGGUUGUUACAACAGGUCGUUACAACAGAUAGUAGUUACAACAGGUUGUAGUUACAACAGAUUGUUACAACAGGUAGUAGUAACAACAGGUAGUAGUUACAACAGGUUGUUACAACAGGUUGUAGUUACAACAGGUUGUAGUUACAGCAGGUUGUAGUUACAACAGGUAGUAGUUACAACAGGUUGUUACAAUAGGUAGUAGUUACAACAGGUUGUUACAAUAGGUAGUAGUUACAACAGGUUGUUACAACAGGUAGUAGUAACAACAGGUAGUAGUUACAACAGGUUGUAGUUACAACAGGUUGUAGUUACAACAGGUUGUAGUUACAGCAGGUUGUAGUUACAACAAGUCGUUAAAACAGGGUGUAGUUACAGUAGGUUGUAGUUACAACAGGUUGUCGUUACAGCAGGUUGUAGUUACAACAAGUCGUUACAACAGGUUGUAGUUACAGCAGGUUGUAGUUACAACAAGUCGUUAAAACAGGGUGUAGUUACAGUAGGUUGUAGUUACAACAGGUUGUCGUUACAGUAGGUUGUAGUUAUAGCAGGUUGUAAUUACAACAAGUCGUUAAAACAGGGUGUAGUUACAGUAGGUUGUAGUUACAACAGGUUGUAGUUACAACAGGUUGUAGUUACAACAAGUCGUUACAACAGGUUGUAGUUACAACAGCUUGUAGUUACAACAAGUCGUUACAACAGGUAGUAGUUACAACAGGUUGUAGUUACAGUAGGUUGUAGUUACAACAGGUUGUAGUUACAGUAGGUUGUAGUUAUAGCAGGUUGUAGUUAGAACAAGUCGUUAAAACAGGGUGUAGUUAAAGCAGGUUGUAGGUACAACAAGUAGUAGUUACAACAGGUUGUAGUUACAGUAGGUUGUAGUUACAGCAGGUUGUAGUUACAACAAGUCGUUAAAACAGGUUGUAGUUACAGCAGGUUGUAGUUACAACAGGUUGUAGUUACAACAGGUUGAUAGACAAGUAGGCCUAGUCACAACACACAUUCAUCAAACUAAAUGUAAAUAGGUACAUUGUUGUUGUGUGUGAGAAGGAAUUUGAAAUCCAUUUAAUAAAUUGUUGUAUUUUAAUGUUGUGCUACUGUACAGCCUUUUGCACUGUCUUGUCCUGCAGAGCAGAGGCCAUGAGUUCAUGUCUCAUGUAUUUGUAAUGGGUUUCGGAGAGGAGACUUCAAUGCAUGUACCCAUACCGCAAAUUAAAAAAGCACAGUGUAGCCAAGCUAAGGACUCUGGAAGAAUAUUUAAUUAAGUGCCUGAAAAACUUCUCUCAUAUUUUCUGUUUCUCAUUUUAACCAAAUAAUUUCACAUUCAGAGUUGUUUUCUGGACAUGAAUGAAAAAAGCACUGCGUUUCACAGUCAAAGGUUUCUGUGUUUUGGAUUCCUUUCAUGUCCAGCAUAGUGUAUACCGAACCAACACAAAGGAGACAUGAACUCUGUAUGGGUUGUCUUUGAAAGAGCUGAUCGAAAUGAAAUGGACGUUGAUAUCCUAGUUUCCCGCCAUCUAAAUAAAGAAGCAAAAACGUGAAAGUAGCAUAAAACAGAGAGAAUGUGGUUAUUGUCUUCUCUGCCUGUUCAUUUUCUUUUUCGAGACGGACAAAACAUUGUCUGAUGCUUUGUGAUAAAACUGAAGACCCAGCACUGAUACAACCAUCCACACGUUGUAAAGGCAUGUCAUAAAAGGAAAUAAAGGAAAUAUGGACACUCGUGA